CCUUCCCGGGCGAAUUAGACGCUCACCCUAUGGGCCGCUUCUCUAUGGUCGGCGUCGUUUCCGCUUCCGGCCUAGGCCCUGCGACGCUUGGGGAGGAGGGGUGCAGCUUUCUCACCAGAAGGCGGCUUUGGAUCUUUCCAUGGGCUUUGCUUGGUGAGAACAAGAGCAUCCGUUUCGACAUCUCCCAGGUUCCUGCUCUUACUUGGAGAAAGGCAGGAUGUGGCACGAAGCCCGAAAACAUGAGCGGAAGCUCCGUGGGAUGAUGGUGGAUUACAAGAAACGAGCUGAACGUCGCAGAGAGUAUUAUGAAAAGAUUAAAAAAGAUCCGGCCCAGUUCCUGCAGGUCCAUGGCCGUGCGUGCAAGGUCCACUUAGAUUCCGCCGUGGCUCUCGCUGCUGAAAGCCCUGUGAAUAUGAUGCCAUGGCAGGGAGAUACCAACAACAUGAUAGACCGGUUUGAUGUUCGAGCUCACCUGGACUAUAUUCCCAUGUAUACCCCUCCACUGCUGAACCCAAUCAAUCCAGAACAGGAGUCCGACGAGAGGAAGUGCAACUACGAAAGGUACAGAGGUUUGGUGCAGAACGACUUUGCUGGCAUCUCAGAGGAGCAAUGCCUCUACCAGAUCUACAUCGACGAGCUGUACGGAGGACUCCAGAAACCCAACGAGGAUGAAAAAAAGAAGUUAGCCGAGAAGAAGGCGUCCAUCGGGUACACGUACGAAGACAGCACUGUGGCGGAACUGGAGAACCCGUCUGAGAAGCGAGCCGAGGAGGAAGACUCCGAGGAAGACAGCAACACCGAUGAGGAUGAAGUCAUUCCUGAUAUUGAUGUCGAAGUCGAUGUAGAUGAGCUGAACCAGGAGCAAGUGGCCGACCUGAACAAGCAGGCUACCACUUAUGGGAUGGCGGAGGGAGACUUUGUCCGGAUGUUGCGGAAAGACAAAGAAGAGGCAGAAGCCAUUAAGCAUGCCAAAGCCUUGGAGGAAGAGAAAGCCAUGUAUUCGGGCCGCCGAUCUCGACGUCAGAGGAGGGAAUUCCGAGAGAAGCGUUUGAAAGGAAGGAAGAUCAGUCCUCCGAGCUAUGCCCGGAGAGACAGCCCCACCUACGAUCCCUACAAACGGUCGCCGUCCGAAUCGACCUCCGAGUCCCGGUCCCGCUCUCGCUCGCCUUCCCCAGGUCACGAGGAGAAGAUCACCUUCAUCACCAGCUUCGGGGGCAGCGACGAAGAAGCCGCCGCGGCUGCAGCCGCCGCCUCGCAAGCCGGAGGAGCCCCCCGGAAGCCCGCCCCCCUUGGCAAGGCACGCUCUGGCCAAGUGCAACAGGGCAGCGCCGCGGCAGGUCAUAGCGCCUCCUCCCGGCGACGCUCCACCUCCUCUUCCUCCUCCACCUCGUCCACCACCUCGUCUUCAAGUUCGCGGUCUAGCUCGCGGUCCCACCGGGCCAGCGGCUACCACCGGGCCAGCCGUUACGGCCGUUCGCGCAGCCACCGGUAUUCCCGCUCCCGUAGCAGAACCAGGCGAUACUCCGCGGGAGGCUCGCGGGACGGACGGCGUCAUUCCAGAUCGCGCUCGACGGAGCGGGGCUGGCGAUACGGGUCCCGCCGCAGGUCCAGGAGUCAUUCCCGAUCCGGAGAGCACUAUCGGUGGAGUAGCGGCAGGGGAGGAAGGCACUGGAGUAGCAGUAGCAGAAGCGACAGUGACUCGAGAAGUCGCAGCAGGUCAGCGUCUCCGGCCAGAGAAAAGCCACUGAGGCCUGCAGCUUCCCCUGCUGUCGGGGAGAAACUGAAAAAGGCUGAAACUGCUGGUGGUAAAGAGACAGGAGCUGCCAAACCGAAACUGACUCCGCAGGAGAAACUGAAGUUGCGCAUGCAAAAGGCGCUUAACAGGCAGUUUAAAGCAGAUAAAAAAGCCGCCCAGGAGAAGAUGAUGCAACAGGAACAUGAAAGACAGGAGCGAGAGGACGAGUUGCGUGCCAUGGCUCGGAAGAUCCGGAUGAACGUUCCUCCUGGCAGGGAGCGGGAACGUCGGGAGAAGGAGCGGGAAGAGUGGGAGCGACAGUACAGCCGCCAGAGCCGUUCUCCCUCCCCGCGCUACAGUCGAGAAUACAGCUCUUCAAGGAGGCACUCCAGAUCCCGGUCUCGGAGCCCCCACUAUCGCCACUAGUCGGUCUUCUUGGUGGCCGUGCUGCGCCGGCAAACUCCCCUCUCCCUGGUUCACUGGGACCCUUGUAACCCUGUUGUGUAAUAAUGCUGUACAUUGCUGCUUUUGUUUCUAAGUUGUCAAAAAGAAUUAAAAAAAGAGCCAAAAGUUA